CAUAAAUUCAAUUUGUGUACAUUUUGACAAACCUUCCUGUUGACCGCAAACGCAUUGUAACGCAGAUGGAUGAAUCGUGAUUUUGUUCUGUGGUUGGUGUAAGUGAUAUGAACCCCACAAAUUUCAUCCGACUCUGAACUAUCUCAGAAUUUGACUCUCUUCACCCUAAAUUUUCAUCGAGCCAUCGUCUCUCGAGCUUCAGAUCAACGGGCCGCGCGUACGAAGCCCAGUAACUAGAGCAUACGGACGGACUCAGCACAAAGACGUUGAAUCUGAAACCAUCUGGAAGAACCACAAAACCCAGGAAAUAUCCCGCCUCAUCCAACAUGCUUCCCACACCAGAUACCUCCCACGUCCCAUUCGAGCGUGUCUACGAGCCGGCAGAGGACUCGUACCUCCUCCUAGACACCCUCUCAGCCUCGUCAGAGACAUCUUUCCUAACAUCCCGCUUCGGCACCGAAACAACAACAUCAGAAUCAAAGUCAAGACCAGCAGCCCCACUGGUAGUCGAAAUCGGCACCGGCUCCGGCGUAGUAAUAGCCUUCCUCGCCGCCCACGCCGCAACCCUCUUCGGCACACCCUCGGUCCUAACCGCAGGCAUCGACCUAAACGGCCACGCCUGCCGCGCCACAACCUCCACCGUCCGCCGCGCCGUUGCCGACAACCCCGCCACGGCCGGGCCCCUCUGGCUCGGCGCCGCCAUGGGCGACCUCACGAACCCGCUCAGGCCCGCCAGCGUCGACGUCCUCGUCUUCAACCCGCCCUACGUCCCGUCCCCAGAGCUCCCCGCGCAGUCCUCGGCCACGCUCGUCGCGGACGCCGCCAAGCAGACGACGUUUGACGAGGACUCGUACCUACUCUCGCUGUCGUACGCGGGCGGGCGGGACGGGAUGGAGACGACGGACCGGUUGAUUGAGGCGUUGCCUGGGGUCUUGAGCGCGAGGGGGUGCGCUUAUAUUCUGCUGUGCGCGCAGAACAAGCCGGACGAGGUGAAGGGCCGGAUCGAAGGGUUUGGGGCCGGGUGGAGGGCCGUCACUGUCGGGGAGAGCGGGAAGAAGGCUGGGUGGGAGAAGUUGCAGAUCAUCAGGGUGUGGAGGGAGACGGAGGGGAGCCCUCGAUAG